AUGCCCACAACCUUGGAACUACUGCAUGCCGAGCAUCAAGAGCAGACUAUUGAAGCAGCACGCCCCGCUAUCCAUUCUGUGGAAGAAGCGAGAUCGCUAAUCUCUAACGAAUGCCCUGCUCCAAACAUGAACAUUUCGUUUGAGAUGUGUGUUUUACGCAUUGAACAACGUGAUCGAUUCUGGCGUCUGGACUUAGUUGGGCGGGAUGACGAAGGCGAUUUUGAGAAAAUACUGGAGAUGUUUAAUCUGCUCGACGUCCCUCGCCGUCAUAAGUGCGUCUUCCAGUUGACAAUCUGGAAAAACCGAGAUGAAGAGCUCAAUCAGCUGAGUUAUCGGCCAGGCUUCAGCUACCGAUUCGAGAGAGUUCAUUCUCUUAAGCUGAUGUACGGCAACCCGAUGGGCAGCAGCAGAUUCGUCAACGUAUUGAGACGGAGCCGCUGA